UUGGUGUUUGUUUAUUUAUUUACUCUCACUCUCUCUCUCAUCCUUGGCUUCAAGGAUGCUGCUUUAUGAAGACUCAGUGCUUGUGUCAUUUGAGGGACUAAUAUAUUAACAUAAGUGAGCAUACAUAACAAGGCAUGCUACAGAGAGAGAGAGAGAGAGAGAGAGAGAAAGAGAUGUAUAAUAAUGGUGAUUGAGGGUGAUAGGUGCUGAUCUCCAAAAGCUAAGCGUAAUGAGGUAGAGAGGAGGGUGUUUUAGAAAUGGGUCAUCACUGCUGCAACAAACAGAAGGUGAGGAGAGGGUUAUGGUCUCCUGAGGAGGAUGAGAAGCUCAUCAGAUAUGUCACCACCUAUGGCCAUCGUUGCUGGAGCUCUGUUCCGAAAGAAGCCGGUCUGCAAAGGUGCGGUAAGAGUUGCAGACUGAGAUGGAUUAACUAUCUUCGCCCCGACCUUAAAAGGGGAUCCUUCUCUCCUCAAGAAGAGCGCAUCAUCAUCGAUGUCCAUAAUCUUGUUGGAAAUAGGUGGGCUCAAAUAGCAAAGCACUUGCCUGGGAGAACAGACAAUGAAGUGAAGAACUAUUGGAACUCAUGCAUCAAGAAGAAGCUUGUCUCUCAGGGAUUAGACCCUAACACCGACAAUAACAUCUCUCUACCCAGUGCCAACAGCACUGCAUUGAUGAGAGAGAAGCAGUCUUGUGCAAAUAAUACAUGGAUAGAGAGUAGAGAGAUGAGAGAAUUGCCUCAGUUGUUAAACCAGGAGAGCAGAGCCAGCUCCGGUUUCGCGAUAUUACCUCCGACUCCCCCGAUUUUGUUCUCUACCCACAUGCGAGCUUUCUCUCUCUCCGAAACCCCACUUCCUUGUCUCUCUACUGAGAAAGAAUGGAGUGGGAAUAGCUUGUGGGCUAGCAACACAGAGGCUGCUGAUUUGGAGGGCCAGCGGCCUUUGUCAAUGUUUUUGGAGGCCGCGGAUUUUGAUGGUUGCAAUGAUACUAAUAGUAACAGAGUAAACAACAGCAGUAACAGUGAGUCAGAUUUGAGUGUGGUGAAUGCCCAGAGCUUUGGGUAUGGGUAUGGCUGUGGUUAUGGUGGGGUCUCUCCUUUUGAACAAUUUGAUGUUGAUUUCAUGGGGUCCCCUACAGUGACUUCUGGUUUCUCUUCUCAGGGCAUUUUAAGGAAUGUGAGGUCCUUGGACCAGCACUUAUGGGGCACUUAAGGUGCUCCAA